UACAUAAAAGGUGGUUUACAGUAAGUCGACCAAUUUGGAUGUCUCCUCACUUCUCAAAAUGAAAGUGUUUGCACUCUUCGUUUCUGUCCUGCUAGCAACAGCAAGUGCUAAGGUUUUUGAGCGAUGUGAAUUGGCACGGAAACUCAAGGCUUCAGGUUUGGAUGGGUACCGUGGGUACAGCCUGCCUAACUGGGUUUGUUUGUCCAGUUGGGAGUCAAGUUACAACACUGCAGCCACCAACCAAAACUCUGAUGGAUCAACGGAUUAUGGCAUUUUCCAGAUUAACAGUCGCUGGUGGUGCAACGACUUCAAGACUCCUCGUGCCAAGAAUGCCUGUGGCAUCAACUGUAGCCAACUGCUGACUGACAACAUUGACGUUGCCAUCAAGUGUGCCAAGCGUGUGGUCAGCGACCCCAAUGGGAUGGCAGCCUGGGUGGCCUGGCGGAAUCGCUGCCAGGGUCGCGACCUGAGUCAGUACACUGCAGGCUGUGGGGUCUGAAUCAAAUGCCCAGGAGCCAGAACAUGCCUGCCAUGGGACUACUUGCCGAUAUUCAUGAUGAAGCUUUGCUUCCAGCCACAUGUGGGGACACCACAAAUGAAAAUGAUUAAACUUUCCUAAACGUGCUAUAUUUUAACAGUCGCUUUGAACAAAAACAGAUCAAUUAAGGGAGAAGUUAUAUGUUUACCCAGGAGGUGGCAGUAGUAAGCCACGGUGUGUAACCUAGCAACAGCAAUCAAGAAUACAUGAAUAUUCAUCCCAUGCUGAAGAAUGACUUUCAAACAAUUUUUGAAACUCUACAACCUUUUUCUUGCCACCUCAUUGCCUUUUAAUAGUAUAUAUACAUAUAAUGUUAAUCUUACUGGAAAAACUUCAGCUUUGUGUUGGCUUCAUUAAAAACAAUAAAACAGCAUAUUGAACAA